UUUGGAAUCUGCGCAGCGGGCUCGCCAGGCGCUUGCUCGCCCUCACUGCGCACGCAGCGCCGGGGACAGAGGAGACCGGGAGCCGCUGCGGGACCUUAGAUCAGCGCUGUCUGUGACCCUUUUAGUCACUGAAGGAUCCGCCUCUGCAGAUUUUCGCUCCGUGCGCCGUGGAGGCUGAGGGGAGUCCACCUGCUGGCGGACGCGCGGUCACGCCUCGUGAUGGACGCCCUCAAAUCUGCUGGAAGAGCCAUCAUCAAGAGCCCUGGCGUCCCACGGCACACGUGGGGGACUUCCAAGCACGAAAAAUUGCCAGAGAACUGGACAGACACGAAGGAGACCUUGCUGGAGGGGAUGGUGUUCAAUGUGAAGUACCUGGGCAUGACUCUAGUUGGCCAGCCCAAAGGAGAGGACAUGGCCUCGGCUGCCAUCCGGAGAAUCGUUGCCACGGCCAGAGCCAGUACUAAGAAAUUUCGGAAAGUGACACUGACUGUGUCACCGAAAGGGAUAAUCAUUACCGACACAGAGACCACAGACCUUAUAGAGGACGUCUCCAUAUACAGAAUCUCAUACUGCACAGCUGAUAAAACUCAGGAUAAGGUCUUUGCUUAUGUCUCACAGAGUCAGUUCAAUGAAACUCUAGAGUGCCAUGCAUUCCUCUGCCAAAAAAGAAAAAUUGCUCAGGCUGUCACCUUAACGGUAGCUCAGGCUUUUAAAGUUGCUCUAGACCUUUGGGAGAUCGCUCAGGAAAGUAAGAAAUCUCGGACCUGCUGUUCCUGCACAGCAUCUGAAGGGCAGAUGGAGACAGAAACUCGACAUGUUCCUUCAGCCGGUCACCCACACCUGCCAUCGCCUGCACAUCAAGCAGCACACAACCCCAUCGGAAUGGAGGAAAAGCUCCGGAGGCCCUUCUUCUCUGCUUUGCUCAGCUCCCCGUCACCUCGCAGUAACCCCUCGCGGAGACGACCAAUCAAACUGGACUCCUGGGAUGUGGACGACGGACUCGAAGACGCGUUCUCCAGCAACAUGGAAGUGGAGGAGACAGACUCUGACUGGCCGAGUCCCACUCCGAACCCCUCCCUCGCGAUGCAGCUCUGAUUCUUCAGGAGGCUCCACAAAGACUAAGAAGCACAGACUUGCAACCAACAUGCAGCAUAAAAAAAACUACAUACAAAGCAUUUCCAAGCUCUCAAGGCAAGCAGAGAUAAAAAGGUUAAUCCAAACCUUUUGCGAUGUAAAUUCUGAUAUUACAAAGGUUUUUUUUUAAUGAAUUGCUGCUUGUCAAAUACACUCCAAAUACAGUCAGGUGUUCACAAACUGCAGGAGAAACUACUAUACACAGGGUAACACAACAUAACUCACUUUAUUGUACCACAGGAUGAAUUUGAAUAAGUCUUUUUUUUUAGUUUCUGACAAGUUUUUACUUGUGGAUUGUACAUGUAGCUUGCGAUAAAUGCUUCAGAAAAACCUGUACACAGUUUUUUGAAAAUGUGUAGUUUAGUUUGUUUGGUUACUUAUACAUCAAAUGCUAAAUUUGGGUAAACAAAAGCUCAUUUUUUGUUUUUUUAAUUUCAGUUGCAUGCAGAGACCAUUCCUUGUAGUUUGUAAAAAAAACUGCUUGUAUACUGUAGAACAGGAGGAAUAAAGGUGCCUACUGCAGAAACGUAUUUUAAAAUCAUCUUUUGAUCCAUUUUUAAAACAUUCCCAAUGGUCUUUUGAUUAUGAUUAUAGCCAAAAUAAAAAAGGACAUAGUUUCUGCAGAGCGGAAACUGUGUCUUUCACCUCUGGGUUGUGGGUGGUACAGCUGGUGUGGUGUGGGCCAGUCCACACGGCCCAUCAUUCCUUUGUUUACACUCUCUCCCGCUAUCUUACAGCCCCUCACACGCCCAAUAUUAGUGGUGCAAUAAAAAUGGAGAUCAAUAUUGGUGCUAUCCCAGCCGUACAGUUUUGAUCCAGAUACCAGCUCAGACGAGAAAAACAAAGAUGUACAUGGAUCUAUUUGUCUAUAAAUGGAUGCAUCGGAAUGGAACGGAGCAGGGAGCUCGUGACCUUCCGAUUGUAGAAGGUCAACUCCAAGCUUUUUCAAAAGGCAUUUUUUCGUCUGCUCCUGAUUCACAAUGAUUUAGAUAAAGAAAACGCAAUUAAGAGCUUACUUCUCUUUCUAUAUGUCCUCCAUCAUCAGAAAAAUGCUACAAGAAAACAAAGAACCCGAAAAAUCAUUUCAAAUUACUUUAGGUGAAGGAAAAAUGACAUAAUUUUUGUAAUAUUAGAAGUUAUGCAUGCACAAAGCAAUCACCUGGAAUCCACUAUAAUACCAAAUUCUGCCUAUCAUUGACUUUUGAAAAGAAAAAAUACAAAACCAGAAAAAAAGAAACAAACAGUAGUAAAUCAUAUUUUUCUGUAAGUGGUUUUAGCCCUUUCUUUUGCACUUAAACUUCUCCACUUCAGGUGCGAUUGCACAAAAAGAUUGUUUUAGUGCACUAAAAUGAUGUUGAUUCUUGUACAUGUACGAGAAUCAAUGUAAGGGAUGAGGGGAGCUGUAUAUUACUUUUAAUUUUUGUUGAAACACAAUUUCUUAUUAUGAUUGUUUUUGUAUAUACAGUAUGUACUGUUUGUGUGGAUAAUGUAUUUUGUGUAAUCGAGAUUGCUUUUUUUAUUCUUUAAGCAUCAGCGUAGGGUAGAAAAUUUGCACAGAUUUUACUAUUGAUUUUUUUUUUUACAGUAAAUUAAAUCAACAUGCAUGCCAUUCGAAUUUCUAGUUAUUUAUUCUAGGGCUCUAAGUCACUUAUAAAUUAACUGCCUCUGUUUCACCAUCAUAACUCUGCAUCCCCUUUUUUCAAGCAUUUCCUACCGAGAGCAGAAACAAUUCCCCUUUUUUCUCAUACUUCCCUCAUGGUGUUUAUUUUUAUCCCUCUCUCAGAUAAUGCACAUUGUGAAGAGGGUACUACACUCUUUGGCUGAAGUGGUUAUUCUCUAUGUAUUUGUGUCAGUCUGACUUAAUUUCCAUGGGUUCUGAGGCUCUGUGUUGUCAUGACACCGGCUGCACAAUGAUUGGAUAGUUUAUCCGGUUACUCAUUGAAACCUAAUUGUAUAAUUUCAUUCGUAAGUGGCUGAAAUAUUGCUUUAAUUGUUUUCUGGGAGAAAGAUUUUUAUUUGUUUUUAUGUACGUUUGGAGGAUGGUGGUCAGUGAUGAUUGGAUUAUGACUUUCAGGGGCUGCAGCUGUUCCCUAAAGAGACUUUUGUUAACAACAUUAUUGAUUAGAUUGAUCCAUUGUUGAUAAGAUUGAUAUUUUUUAGCGUUUUACAACAGUCUUCAUAACGCAGGUCUAAACGUUUUUAAAAAUGUCAACUUUGGCAACCUUCUAAUGUUUCUUUUUGUGUUUUUUGUUGUCAUUUUAUUGGGUUUUUAAUUGGGAGAGAGAGAGAAAAUCUGCAGCCAAACUCCUUUGAAAGUUUGCAAUGAAAUGGGAAUUUCAUUGUUAGGUUUGUUAAAUGAAUCAUGUUUGAAAGUAGAUUAGUCCAGUGAGCUUCUGAAGGUUUUCUUUUGUUCAGCCUGUAUACAUCACCCCAUGGAUUUGUGUGGACAGAAUACAUGAAACAUAAGGUAUAAAUAGAUGUAAUUCUUUUUUUUUAGACUUUUCUGGGCACAAAUACAUAAGAUAACACAAUUAAAUUUAGAAUUUAAUAAAUAUAUAGUAAAGUAGGCCAAAAAUACAUGCAGGAUGUGAAUCGAACCUGGAAAGCUGAGUCAAGGCCCUGAAUAAUCACUGAAGUUUACAUUGGUUCACUUGAAGAAGGUGCUCAUGUUUAUCUAUGCAACUUAUGGAUUUCCAGAAAUGUUGAGAUUUUGUGAUGAUAUUUGUUGGUGAAGAAUUCCUAAUCAGUUGUUGUAAUCUUUUAAAAACAAUGUUGUAUUAUAAAGCUUUUUUGAUUUGCCACAUAUUUAACCAAAAUAAAAGACUUUUCAUAAAUACGGCAAUGCUUCUAUAGAUUUUAUUGGUAGUAAAGGAUGUUGGUAACACUAAAGUGUGUUUUACUUUCUGUUUGCAAACUGUUUUCAUUAAAUGGACAAGCAUUU